AUGAGUGUACCAAAUAUACAAUACUCCAGACUUGAUGGAGACGAGACAGGAAAAGAAGGAACCUCUGUGCAGUCCCCCUUUCAUACAGUACAGUUAAACCGUGAAUGGGGCGACCCAAGCAGCUCCAAUGGCGACCGAAUUGAGCUCAUUGAUUAUCCUACUAAAAGUAGUACGCUUUCCUCCGGUUUCGAUUUGGAGGAGGACUCGGUUUUAGGGGCCAUAGUUCAAGAAUCGAAAGGAAAGUCCAAUAUGUAUAUGGCCUUCAUGAACAUGGCGAACAGUAUCCUUGGAGCUGGUGUGGUCGGGCAGUCGUUUGCGAUUAAAAACUGCGGAUUACUCGGUGGACUAGUAUUGACCAUGCUCCUGACGGUAAUUGUUGAUUGGACAAUACGUCUGAUAAUAAUUAAUCUCAAAUUGACAGGGAAGACUACGUACCAAGAUACCGUUGAAUUCGCUAUGGGUAGACCGGGAAAAUACGCUGUUCUGUUUGCAAAUGGUAUGUUUGCAUUUGGAGGUUGUGUUGGUUUUUGCAUAAUUAUUGGCGACAGCAUUCCUCAUGUUUUAAGGGCUUUCUUCCCAAACUAUAUCGAAUACUUCAACCGGAAUAUGAUUAUCACUAUUGUGACUAUAUUCGUAUCAUAUCCAUUGUCCCUUAAUAGAAAUAUCUCUAAACUAUCAAAAGCUUCCAUGUUGGCGCUGGUGAGUCUGCUACUGAUUGUUGUGAUAAUUGUUGUCAGGGGACCAACAGUGGGCAACGAUUACAGGGGCUCUUUUGACUUGGAAGAAUUGUUCGUUACGCCGAGACUAUUCCAAGGAAUUUCUGUGAUCUCUUUCGCGCUUGUAUGUCACCAUAACACAAGCUUCAUAUAUUUUUCCCUGAGGAAACCGAGUUUAAGGAGAUUCAAUAGCCUGACGCACAUAAGUUGUACAAUUUCUAUGGUUGUGUGUCUCAUAGCAGGUUAUUCAGGGUUUUUGACGUUCAAAAGCAAAACCAAGGGUAAUAUACUCAACAACUUCCCAAGUUCAGAUAACUACAUUAAUUUUGCAAGGUUUUGUUUUGGAUUUAACAUGUUAACAACAUUUCCCUUGGAAAUAUUUGUUUUGCGCGAUGUGAUUCGGGACCUGAUAUCAACUGAAACUCCCAAAGGUGAGCCGCUCCGAUUAAGCACAAAGAGGCAUUUCAUCAUUACAACGGCGCUUGUUUUAAGUACGAUGGGAAUUUCUCUGACUACUUGUAAUCUUGGUGCACUACUCGAAUUAGUGGGUUCCACUACUGCUUCUCUUUCCGCGUAUAUUCUCCCACCCAUGACCAAUCUUAUUCUCACUGGAGAGAGGAGGGCUGCAAAAGAGAAGUUACCACAUUAUGCAUGUAUUCUAUUCGGAUUUAGCAUUAUGGUAAUAAGCAGCACACAAACUAUAAUCACUGCAAUUCACAGUGAUAAAAGUAGCCAAUGUGAUGCUUAA